AUGAAGCACAAAAGAUUUGAAGAGAAUAUUUUAGUUGACGAGGCUUAUACUAAUUACGGUAAAAUUGACAAAAAUGCAGACGAAAAGAGAGGUUAUGGCAUCGCUAAACAUUUUGCUGAAACUUUGGAAUACGGAGAGAAAAAGAAGUGGUACCAGCAGCUACCAGAAGAACCUUCAGCUAGUAAUACAAAUAUCUUGGCUGAAAAAGUAGAAGAACUAAGAAAAGAAGCAAGCAGUGCAUUACAUGGAGAUACAUUAGCAUAUGAAACAAAAUCAAGUAAAAGUGGUUCUUCAGACCAACAGUGGGCUCGCACACUGCUUACAAAAGGAACAAUAGGAGAUAGAGUAGCUGCUGCCACAGUUUUGAUACAGGAUAACCCAAUAUACAAUUUGACUGCAUUAAGGAAUUUAAUCAACAGUGUCAAACCAGCAAAGAAAAAAGAUGGUAUUAUUAUCAUAGAUGCUCUAUCUGAACUCUUAGUCUCAGAGUUAUUAAUCCCAGAUACGAAAUUACGUACAUUUGAAAAACAUUCAUUGGAUCAUAUUGAUGAAAUGUCGUCUGGUAAUAAACAAACACGAAGAAAUAUACUAAAACUUUGGUUCUAUGAAGAUCAAUUAAAGGAGUUAUAUGGGACAUAUGUAGAGGCAUUAAAUAAAUUUGCUCAUGAUUCAGUGGAGGCCAACAAAGAGAAAGCCGUCAGUGCUAUGUCAUAUUUAUUGAUGCAUCAUCCUGAAAGGGAAAAGAUGCUAUUAACAAAUAUAAUAAAUAAACUCGGUGACCCAAGUCAGUCGGUGGCUUCCAAAGUAAUAUACCACCUAUGUCAGCUACUCUACAAUCAUCCCAAUAUGAAAAGUGUUGUUUUGUCUGAGAUUGAAAAGAUGUUGUUUAGGUCUAAUAUCUCACCUCGAGCGCAGUACUAUGGUAUUUGCUUCUUAAACCAAUUCUUUCUCGGCAAGGACGAUAGUAAAAUAGCCGAGAAUUUGAUACGUAUUUACUUCUCCUUCUUCAAGGCUUCUAUUAAAAAGGGAGAAAUCGAUUCAAGACUAAUGUCUGCCAUAUUAACUGGAGUCAAACGAGCCUACCCUUUCGCAAACAAAGAGAGAUUAACAGAUGCAGCAUCCCACAUCGACGCCAUACAUAGACUAGUGCAUUUGGCCAGUUUGAAUGUGUCGAUACAUGCUUUGGCCCUUUUGUAUCAUGUCAGCGAUUCAUCUAAGGGGACUUCUGAUAGAUAUUACACCGCUCUCUACCGAAAGUUAACAAACGCGGAUAUAUUUAACACAACCCAUUCAGCUCUACUAUACUCCCUCAUAUAUAAAUCGUUGAAAAAUGACAAAAAUAUUGAACGAGUGACGUCAUUUAUAAAGAGAUUGUUACAAAUGAGUUGUUAUACAGCCCCCGCUCAGGCGUGUGCCGUUCUCUUCCUUAUAUCUCAAGUAUUAAAAAGUGGGGAUAAGAAGGAUUGUAUCAGGCUAAUUUGGACGAAACAUGAAAUUAAAGAGGAAAUAAAAGAAGAAUCAGAAGGAAACAUAGAAUAUGAUCAAGAAAAUGCAGAAAAUACUGUAACAGAUAUCAAUGACACGAUAGAGAGUAUAGAAGAGAAUGAGAACGAAAAAGAGCAAACGGAAGAAGAAAAAGUCGAACAAAAGAAGAUCGAUCUCUUAAAAGGAGAUAAAAAAGAUCUAUUAAUAGAUGACGAUGAAGAAGAAACCUAUAUAGAUCUAAAGAUAGAUGACCAUGGCAACAUAAAGCCUAAGAAGCGUCAGAAAGCCCCCGUACAGUGUGGAUGGUACCACGCCAAAGUGAAGGCAGAAGAUAAGAAAGAUGAAGAAGAUAAAGUUGCAGCUGCCAAGAUACAGCUCAAGAAGACUAUCAAUAUGGAUAAGGUUAUAACUGAAUACAAUCCAUUUGCAAGGAAUCCAUCGUUCGCUGGUGCAAAUUGCUCUGCGUAUCUAGAGCUACUGCCUUUGGCCAGACAUUUCCAUCCGUCUGUCAAGUUGUUUGCAGGGAAAUUAAUUAAUGAUCAAAUAAUUCAAUACAGCGGAGAUCCCCUCAAAGAUUUCGCAGGAAUAAGAUUUUUAGAUCGAUUCGUAUUCAAAAAUCCUAAGAAAAGAACUGAAAAUGACUUAGAAGGAGAAGUGAAGAAAGUCAAGGGUUCACAUCCCAAGUUUGCUGUCAGAAAGAAUUAUACUGCUAAAGGUAUUAAAAGCCUUCCAGUGAACUCUUCAUCGUAUCUCAACGAAGAUUCUAAGAAGAUACCAGUCGAUGAGAAAUUCUUAUAUGAUUUCCUGCAGAAACGUCGUGAAGUGAAGGACUCGGAUGACGAGGAUAGUGAUGCGGACUCGGUCACAAGUGAAGACUUUGAACAGUAUUUAGAUACUGUUACUGGGUCUAGAGCACAAGAAUCCGAUGAAGAGUUGGAUUUCUUAGCUGAAAUGAAAACGUCGAAACAGAAACGUCCCAAGAAGGGUGAAGAGAUGAGUGAUAAUGAGCUCGAUGGUGAUGAAGAUGACGAGAAUGGUGAUGAACAAAUAGAUGAAGGUGGAAGUGAUGGAGAUUUGGACAUUUCUGGUGAUGAAGAUGAACCUGUUUUGUCUGGUGAUGAAGAUGAAUUAUUGUUAGAAGAUGACGACGACGAUGAUGACCACAUAGAUGUUCCCGACAAGAAAUCAGCUAAGGGCAAGAACAAAUUUAAAAUUAAAGGAAAUGAAGAUCUCGGGUCACUUUUCGCAUCGGCUGAAGAAUUCUCAACACUCUUAGAAGAGACGGCCACAAAUAAAAAACAAGGCUCUAGUCAAGCUGUUUCAAACACAGACAACUCCAGUACAAAACAACUAGCUUGGGAAGAGAAUAGGGAUAAAUGGAUUAAAGGUUACAACAGAAAAAUAUUAGGCCACAAAGGAAAAAACAAAAAAUUUAACAAAAAUAAGAAAAAUGCCAAUACUAACAACAUGGCUGACAAAAAAGGCGGGAAACGAAAAGGCGGUAAUGUAUCCGGCGCCGGCGGAAAGAAGAAGAAAUUUAAA